UGCCCACCACCGCCCACCGACCAAGUGCCAGCCGCUCCUCUUCUUCCUCCUCUUCACUUGGGUUUAGGCGGAAGCUGAGUGCCCCGGUGUUGAGCGGAUCCGAUCCGGCUGCGGGGGCGAGGAUGGCGGCGCCGGCGUCUGCGGUUCCCGGGAGCGCGGCGGGGCUACGGGGGGGAGUGCGGCUCCCCGUGCCCGCCGGGGUCCGGAGGCGCGGGGCGGAGCUGUAUCCGACGUCGCGGUCGCCGCUCCUCGGGCGGAGAUAUUCUGGUGCCGUUCGCGUCGGAGGUUCAGGGGGUCGCGUGGCCGUGCGCGCGGCGGGCGCGUCGGGGGAGGUGAUGAUCCCCGAGGGCGAGAACGACGGGAUGCCGGCUUCCGCCGGUUCAGACGAUCUGCAGGUGCCAUCCUUAGAUGAUGAGUUAAGCACAGAGGUUGGAGCUGAAGUUGAGAUUGAGACAACUCGUGGUAUUGUAGCAAGUGACGUUGAAGGUGUGAAGAGAGUGGCUGAAGAAUCACCUGCUGAGCAGAAACCACGAGUUGUCCCACCAACAGGAGAUGGGCAAAAAAUAUUCCAGAUGGACCCAAUGCUUAAUGGCUACAAGUAUCAUCUUGAAUAUCGAUAUAGCCUAUACAGGAGAGUGCGUUCCGACAUUGAUCAGUAUGAAGGAGGCCUGGAAACAUUUUCCCGCGGUUAUGAGAAGUUUGGGUUUAACCGCAGUGCUGAAGGUAUCACUUAUCGAGAAUGGGCUCCUGGGGCACACUCUGCAGCAUUAGUAGGUGACUUCAACAAUUGGAAUCCAAAUGCAGAUUGCAUGAGCAAAAAUGAGUUUGGUGUUUGGGAGAUCUUUCUGCCUAACAAUGCAGAUGGCUCAUCACCUAUUCCACAUGGCUCACAUGUAAAGGUCCGAAUGGAAACUCCAUCUGGUAUUAAGGAUUCAAUUCCUGCCUGGAUCAAGUACUCUGUGCAGGCCCCAGGAGAAAUACCAUACAAUGGAAUAUAUUAUGAUCCUCCUGAAGAGGAGAAGUAUGUAUUCAAACAUCCUCAACCUAAAAGGCCAAAGUCAUUGCGGAUAUACGAAACACAUGUUGGAAUGAGUAGCCCGGAGCCAAAGAUAAACACAUAUGCAAACUUUAGGGAUGAGGUGCUUCCAAGAAUAAAAAAGCUUGGAUACAAUGCAGUGCAAAUAAUGGCAAUUCAAGAGCAUGCAUAUUAUGGGAGUUUUGGGUACCAUGUUACCAAUUUCUUUUCACCAAGCAGUCGGUUUGGGACCCCAGAAGACUUAAAAUCAUUGAUUGAUAAAGCUCAUGAGCUUGGCUUGGUUGUGCUCAUGGAUAUUGUUCACAGCCAUGCGUCCAAUAAUACCCUGGAUGGGUUAAAUGGUUUUGAUGGUACAGAUACACAUUACUUCCAUAGUGGUUCACGUGGUCAUCAUUGGAUGUGGGAUUCUCGCCUGUUCAACUAUGGGAAUUGGGAAGUUAUAAGAUUUCUACUUUCCAAUGCAAGAUGGUGGCUUGAGGAGUAUAAGUUUGAUGGUUUCCGAUUUGACGGUGUAACCUCAAUGAUGUACACUCACCAUGGAUUACAAGUAGCAUUUACAGGGAACUACAAUGAAUAUUUUGGAUUUGCCACUGAUGUCGAUGCGGUAGUUUACUUGAUGCUGGUAAAUGAUCUAAUUCAUGGACUUUAUCCUGAGGCCAUAAGCAUCGGUGAAGAUGUCAGUGGAAUGCCUACAUUUGCCAUUCCUGUUCAAGAUGGUGGGGUUGGUUUUGAUUAUCGCCUUCAUAUGGCUGUCCCUGAUAAAUGGAUUGAACUUCUCAAGACAAGUGAUGAAUCUUGGAAGAUGGGUGAUAUUGUACACACGCUGACAAACAGAAGGUGGUCAGAGAAGUGUGUUACUUAUGCUGAAAGUCAUGAUCAAGCACUAGUUGGUGACAAAACUAUUGCAUUCUGGUUGAUGGACAAGGAUAUGUAUGAUUUUAUGGCUCUGGACAGACCAUCAACACCUAGCAUUGAUCGUGGAAUAGCAUUGCAUAAAAUGAUUAGACUUAUCACUAUGGGGUUAGGAGGAGAAGGCUAUCUUAACUUUAUGGGAAAUGAGUUUGGACAUCCUGAAUGGAUCGAUUUUCCAAGAGGUCCACAAGUACUUCCAGAUGGUAAGUUCAUCCCAGGGAAUAAUAACAGUUAUGACAAAUGCCGUCGAAGAUUUGACCUGGGUGAUGCAGACUAUCUUAGGUAUCAUGGUAUGCAAGAGUUUGACCGGGCAAUGCAGUCUCUAGAGGAAAAAUAUGGAUUCAUGACAUCAGACCACCAGUACAUAUCACGGAAGCAUGAGGGGGAUAAGAUGAUUGUAUUUGAGAAGGGAGAUUUGGUAUUUGUGUUCAACUUCCAUUGGAGUAACAGCUAUUUUGACUACCGUAUUGGUUGUUUAAAGCCUGGGAAAUAUAAGGUCGUCUUGGACUCAGAUGCUGGACUCUUUGGUGGAUUUGGCAGGAUCCAUCACACUGCCGAGCACUUCACUGCUGACUGUUCACAUGACAACAGGCCCUACUCGUUCUCAGUUUAUUCUCCUAGCAGAACCUGUGUUGUCUAUGCUCCAGCAGAGUGAAACAAUAGCACGCAAGUGUGCGACUGUUAGUGGAAAGGAGCAAGAAAAACUAGUUGGCCAAUACAACAAUGCUGAAAGAUCUCUGUUGAUAUGAGCAGCAAUCUGUGAACGUGUCCUAGGUUCUGCUUCGGCGAACGCCGGAUAUACCAGACAGCUUGUUUUUGUGCUCCCGAUUCGUGCUUUUAGAGUGAGUUGUGAGGAAAGAAACGCUUAUUUGUAACUAUGGUUGUCGAACGGCGACGAAACCAUGAUUCAUAUAUUGUUGUUAGCUUUUGAACAGCCAGCUAUGCAUAGUUAUAUAUAUGUUUGUAA